ACUAUAGCAGAGCGGAUUGCAGCCUUAAAGGAAUUUAAACGCCCGAUAGACGCAGCAGCGCUAGAAGCCUACAUCGGCAUUAUAGGAUAUCUACGCGCCUACAUCCCGUACUAUGCCCGCCUAGCGGAGCUACUACAGAAUAUAAAGACAUUAGCUCUUAAGACCGCACUAGAGAAAGGAGGUAAGCGCAAAGCCUAUACGAAAAAAUCAACUAUCGAAUAG